AAUUGCUUUGUGGUUUAGGCCGCAAGGAAUUUCGGAAAGCCAAGCCAGAAAGCGGUUCCACCUUUCGACUCGUAUGCUUUGGAAUGUGGAAAAAGACAGACAGACCCCCCCCCCCCCCCCCCCCCCGCCCUCUGUUUGUUUUAGCUUGAGGAAAAUCGCGCUUUGCUGCGAAUGCCGCGGCUCCGCUCCACAUCGGCUGACAUGUUUUUCCCCGCUUUGCACUUUGCACCGCAGGCCGCGUGAGCAACAGCGCCUGUCCCACAUCGGCCGCCCCCCCGCACCACCACCACCGCCGCCGCCGCCGCAGCUGCGGGACAUGUGAGCGAGCUGAGCUGCGCCCGCCGGCCAGGAGGGGAUGGGGGCGGAAAUUUUCAAACAAAACAUGGACUUUAAAUCGGAGCUGCUCAAGUCCAUCUGGUACGCCUUCACCUCGCUGGAUGUGGAGAAGUGCGGAAAAGUGUCCAAAUCUCAGCUGAAGGUGCUUUCCCACAACCUGUAUACGGUGCUGAACAUCCCGCACGACCCCGUGGCCUUGGAGGAGCACUUCCAGGACGACGAUGACGGGCCCGUGUCCAAUCACGGCUACAUGCCUUACCUCAAUAAAUACAUCCUGGAUAAGGUGAAAGAGGGCACGUUCGACAAGGAAAAGUUUGACGACCUGUGCUGGACGAUGACCAUGAAGAAGAACCGAAAGGGGCCCUUGCCAGAGGGGGCGCUGCUCUCCGAGAGGAACUGCUUCAGGCUCUUCUGCCUCUUCAACCUGCUCUCCGAAGACCGCUACCCGCUGGUCAUGAUCGCGCCGGAGGUGGAGUAUCUGCUCAAGAAAAUCUGCAGCGCCAUGAGUCAGGAGUGGGACGGCAAGCCCCUGGAGGACCUGCUCUCCCGGAGCCCCGCGCCGCACGAGGACGGCCUGUCCGUCUGGAGCUUCCUGGAGCACAUGGACGCCGGACGCCUGCUGCGCGUCACCAGCGCCGAGGCCUUCAGCCUGGCCUUGCACGAGGUCUUCCUGGAGAUGUACCACAACGUCCUGAAGCGGGGCUACAUGUGGAAAAAGGGCCACGUGCGGCGGAACUGGACCGAGCGCUGGUUCGUGCUCAAGCCGUCGUCCAUGGCCUACUACGUGGGCGAGGACCUGAAAGACAAGCGGGGAGAGAUCCAGCUGGACAAGACCUGCGUCGUCGAGCCCAUUCCAGACAGAGAGGGAAAGCGUUGCCUGUUCUGCGUCAAAACUCACAACAAAACCUACGAGAUGAGCGCUUCGGACCAGAGACAGAAAGUGGAGUGGACGCAAGCCGUGCAGACGGCCCUGCGUCUUCAGAGCGAGGGCAAGGCGUCGCUGCACCGCGAGCUGAAGGCCAAGAGGCGGGUGCAACGGGAGCUCAGCCAGCGGGAGCGUAGCUGCAGUGCCCGCAGCAGCUGCAGCAGCCAAUCGGAGGAUUCCGGCACGCUGGAGGCGGAGCCGACCGACAAGGACCGUCAGGACCUGGACAUCGAGAACAUCAUCCAGCACGCACGGGAACUGGAAACCCGGCGGCGGGAGGUGGAGCAGCAGGAGAGGAGAAAGCAGAGGGAGGUGCAGAUGGAGCUGGAGAGACAAUUGGAGGAGGCCCAGAUGAUGAGGGAGAGCAUGAGGGCGGAGAUGCAGGAGCGGGCCAAGGAGGCCGAGCAGCAGCGUCAGAGAAUCCAAGAGCUGGAGGUCACGCAGCGCAAAAUGGAGGCCGCUCUCAACAUGGAGAUACAGGCGCGGAUGGAGGAGGAGAGAGCCAGGCAGGAGCUGGAGAGGCUGCUCGAGGCCGAGGAGGAGAAGAAACGGCAGUUCCAGCUGCUCCAGGAGCAGCAGCAGCGGGUCCUGCGCAGUAGCGACGAGGACGGCGACGCCCCCGCCGUGGACCACAACGCCGACCUCCGUGCCCCCGACGCCCUUCAGUCGGCCUCCCUGGAGCUCCAGGAUCUGCGGGCGUCACGGCAGAGGAGCCACCAGCACUUGGAGGAAGUACAGGAGAAGCUGAGGAAUGCCAGUCAACAUGUCCGCCACUGGAACGUCCAAUUGAACCGCCUCAUGAAGCCCAUCGGCCCUGGAGACCGUUUGGAACGUCGCCCCACCAAACAUUCGUGCCCCAAGAAGGAAGGCGCCCUUGCGAGCAACGAGUUCAUCUCCAAGUUCACGAUCCAAGGCACUCGCAGUAGCAACGCGCCCGCCGAGUACCGGGAUACGCUGGAGGAAAGCAUGGAAGCGGCACACCUGUCGGAUGACUCGGAAGACGCGACGGAAACGUCCAACGGAACAAUCUGACCACGUGGAAAUGAUCAGGGGGCCGGUAUUUAUAGUGACAUGAGAUUGUGAUCUGCGAUGACGUACACAUUCCGAGAGGACAGAGAUUUACAUUCUUUUUUUUGUUUGUUUUUUGUAAAAUAAAAUUGAUGGUUCAUCAA